AUGGACGGCCGUGACUUCGCUCCCCCGCCGCGGCUGCUGUCGGAGCGGGGCAGCCUGGGCCACCGGCACGGCACGGGGCGCGUGGCGGGGUCGGCACACGGGGCCGUGCAGCCCCCCGGACACUUCCAGCCCACCAAGUACUUCCCGGCGCCCAUCUCCAUGGCCACGCACACAGCCGGCAGCAGCCUGAUGGGCAGUGCCCCCCCCUCCUCCUUCAUGGGGGGCUUCCUGAGUGGCAGCCUGGGCUCGGGGGGGCCCAGCCACCCCGCUGGCCCCACCGCCUCCCCCCCAGAACCGGCCUUCUGCGGGCCCCACUCCGGCACCUCCCAGAUCUGGUUCUCCCACUCCCACGAAGCCCCGGGGUACCCCCGCUUCUCCGGGAGCUUGGCCUCCACCUUCCUGCCCAUGGGUCACCUGGACCACCACGGCAAUGGCAACGUGCUCUACGGCCAGCACCGUUUCUAUGAGAGCCAGAAAGAUAACUUCUACCUGCGGAACCUUCCGGCGCAGCCCCCCCUGCUCCCCGCCAGCCACGGCUUCCCCGGCAUCGCCCGCGCCGCCCCCGGGCCCCCCGCCGGCUCCUGCAGCCGGGAGCGGGACGCCGGCCCCCUCCCCAAGACCCCCAAGGACUACGAGCGCUUCCUGGCGGGCAAGGAGAAGGGGGGCAAGGGGGACCCCAAGGAGCGGCUGCCCGAGGAGGACCCCAAGGAGCGGCACAAGGCGGUGCUGCCGGUGCCGCCCGAGGGGCACUGCAAGGAGGGGGUGCCGCUGCGGGGGUCCGGCGACGGGCGCCCCAAGCCCUUGGCAUCGUGCCUGCUGGGGGCCAAGGGGCUGGACGGGGACGGUGCCCGCGCCGCGCUGCCCAGCUGUGCCGGGAGCGCCCUGCCCCGCGCCGCCCGCUGCGCCCCCAAGGAGCGGGAGCCGGGGGUCCCCGAGGCUCCCCAGCCCUACGGCGAGGCGGUGGAGCGGCGGCAGAUGCUGCACCACGCCGUGUCCUACGCCGUGCCCGCCGCCGGCUCCUUCCCCUGCCUCCCGCUCCACGCCGGCCCCGAGGUGCUGUGCCCGCUGCCCGAGCCCCCCGCCCGCGAGCUGAAGCUCAGCGGGGCUACGUUGGUGCCCUCGGUGGGGCCCCCGACGGACAAGAGCCGCUCCUUCCAGGCGGAAUCCGGCGGGAUGGAGCGCGGGGACGGCAAGGAGCGGCACGCCGAGGCGGGCACCGAGCCCUACGGUGCCCCGUUCCACCACCCGCUGAAGGCCGAGGGGCCGGCGGAGCGGCGGCUGGAGUGGGGGGCUGCGGGCACCCGGCUGAAGGGGCUGGAGUACCUGGGGGGGGGCGCAGCCGAAGCACCCCCCUUCUCCGGGCGGUGCCCGGCGCCCAAGGCGGGUCUGGAGAAGGGCUACUUCGAGGUGCCUCCGGCCCCCGACUGCUCCCGCGCCCCCCGGCCCGACCCUCUGGGCGUCCGCGUCGGCCCCUCCUGCUGCACUUUAGAGAAGGGCCCCCCCAAGGACCCCCCGCCCCAGAAGGUGGCUCGGAUCCGGCACCAGCAGCACCCCGAGGCGGAGGCGGCCGAGGGCAAGCGCAAGCCCCUGGAGUUGGGUGGCCUGGGGUACGGCGGGCACCCCCUGCCCCCCUGGGGGGUGCAGGGCCAGGGCCCCCCCCUGGCUGUGGCUGAGGAGAGGAAGGGGGGGCCCUACCUGGACCCCUUCGGGGCGGGGCUGGUGCGGGCGCAGGAGGUGCCCAACGCCCCCGACGAGGUGUCGGCCAUGAAGAAUCUGCUCAAGUACAGCAACGGGGCGCUGCUGGGGGGGCAGAAGGGCCCCCCCUUCGUGGGGCUGGGCAGCGCCAAGGGCAGCUGCGCCCACCAGGAUGCCAAAUUCCCAUCGGGAAAGGGACAGCCCGAGCUGGAGCGGCCGGACUGCGCCCGCGGCCGGGAGCACGAGGGGUUGGGCCCCGGCGGCACCGAGGGCGAGGUGCGGCAGCCGCCCGUGGGCAUCGCGGUGGCCGUGGCGCGGCAGAAGGACACGCUGGGCCGCCACGAGCCCUACAGCGCCGGCGGCAGCGGGCGGCAGCGGGCGGCGGCUGGAGUCAAAGCAGGCACCGCGCGACCCGUGCACCUGAUGGAGCUGGAGGCAGAGGAGGAGCGGGGCCGGCUCUGCGAGGAGCGCCUGGGGCUGCCCGGGAGGGACAUCCUGCUCCAGGACAACAAGGACCUGGUGGAGUUUGCCCGGAUGCACCCAUCGGGGGGGUGUCCCGGGGAGCUGACCCCCCACCUGAUGAUGACGGGGGGCUCGUCGCUGCCGGCGGGGCAGCUCGGGGGGGACCCCGCCGCCCACGCCCACCCUGCGCACACGCACUGGCUGCCCCGCACCCGCAGCCCCUCCAUCUGGAUGGGGGGACACUCCUACGGCAUCGGGCACCCCGCCCUGCACCAGAACCUGCCCCCUGCCUUCCCUGCCUCCAUGCCCAGCGCCAUGCAGCCCGUGUUCCCCCUCGCCCAGGACCCCCCUGCCCAGCUUGUCAUCCUCCCCACGGAGCCCCCCACCCACGGCACCCCCCACACGCUAGCUGAUGUGAUGGACCAGGCAUCGCUGUGGCCCCCCAUGUACCCAGGCCGGGGUCCUGGUGCCCACCUGCAGCACACGGGGCAGCUCCCCGUGUACCCACGGUCGCAGUUCCUGCGGCAGCAGGAGCUCUAUGCCCUGCAGCAGCAGCAGCAGCAGCAGCAGCAGCAGCAGCAGCAGCAGCAACAACGGGGGGCGGCCCAGGCCCUCGAGAUCCAGCGCCAGGUGCACGGCCAGAGGAAGCCGGAGGAGCAGCCCCUGGAGCUGGAGGAGAGGGGUCCCGAGAAGCCCCUCAAACCCUCCCACAAAGCAGUUGCCUUAAACCCCCCGGCCAAGGGCCUGACCUCGGCGGCCCCCGCACCCCCCAAGCUGUCCCCGUGCUGCCACUCGCCGGCCCUGCGGCACCCGGCCAAGUGCCCCGUGACGCUGCCCACGGCCCCCUGCACUUUACCCGCCUGCCCCGCCACCAGCCCCGCCGUGGCCCCCCGCUCGCCGGCCGCCAGCCCCCUGCCCACCCCCAGCAAGGGCGGCGACGGCGAGGACGCGCGGGGCGAGGGGCAGCCCCCGCGCCGCUACCCCAAACCCCUGGAGCCAGACCUGCCCCCCGGGUAUGGCUACCCCGCCGCCGCCAUGGGCUACCCCGCGGCGCACUCGGCCGAGCCUGCGGACCCCGACCCCGUGCACGCCGGCUCCCCGCCCGCCGAGCCCGAGCAGUCCCGGACCUUCAGCCCCACGGCCGAGGCGCUGCGAGAGCCGGGCCCCCCGCGGGACCCCCCGGCCGAGGGUCCCGGGGCGCUGCUGCACCGCCAUCACCUGCUGCUGGCCCCGGGAGCGCUGUGCGGGGAGCGGGGGGCAGCGCCGGCCGGGGGCGGCACCGAGGAGCCCUUCGGAGGGCACCGGGAGGUGGCUCAGGGAGCGCCGGAGCAGCCGGAGCAGCAGCACCCCGUGCCCGAGGCGGGGGGCUCCCCGCUGCCCCCCACUGGCAGCUGCGAUGAGGAGGAGGAGGAGGAGGAGGAGGAUGGUGACGUCCCCAGCGGGCACCAAAGCUGCUCGGGUGGGCUGGAGGCACUGAUCGCCGCCGGCAUCGACCUGGGGGAGCUGCCGGCGCUGGAGGAACCCGAGGAGCCCCCCCCGGCCCCCCCUUCGCCUGUCCCCCACCCCUCAGGGAUCCCCGGCAUCGCCCUGCUCAGCGAACUCGCCGACCUGGAGCUGCGCCGGCGCCGCUGUGACCUGGCCAGGGAAGGUGAGGAUGAGGAGCUGCUGGCCUUUAACCUGCAGAACCUGGCCACGGUGGCGGCUGCCUGGUCACUGGUGGAGGCGGCAGGGCGGGAGGGCAGCCCCCCCGCGCUCAGCCCCCUGCCCGUGUCCCCCCCGCCCCGCGCCCGCGUCCCCCGGCGCAAAUACACCUGGACCCCCAAGACCAAGGCCGUGUGCCCUCUGAAGGCGGCCAUGGAGCAGCUGAACACGCAGGAGGUGGAGGUGCGGAUGCGCCUGGCCGAGCUCCAGCGCCGCUACAAGGAGAAGCAGCGGGAGCUGGUGAGGCUGCAGCGGCGCCACGACCACGAGCGUGACGAGAGCUCCCGCAGCCCAGCACGGCGAGGGCCGGGGCGGCCGAGGAAGCGGAAACACUCCAGUGCCCUGGGCAGGGCUGAGAGCCGCAAGGUCAAGGCGGUGAAGACCAGCCUGUCCCUGCUGUGUGCUGAGCUGCGGGGGGACCCCGAGCCCCAGAAGAAGAGGAGCAAACUGGCGGGGGGGACCUUCGGCAGCCUCCAGAGCUCCCCGCUGAAGCAGAAGGUGAAGGGCAAGGGGCUGCCCCCCGGGCUCAGCCCCUUCCGCCGGAGGGACCCCAACCCCGGUGCUCGCAUCCAGAAGAAGCUGAACCGGCCCAAGGGCUCCAAGGGCUCCAAGUACCAGGGGCAGGACCCCGGUCCCCGGCAGCCCCCCCACUUCAGAGACGAGCCUGAGGGUGACACAGACAGCGAGGAGGGGGACGAGGAGCCGGGGCUGUCACUGGCCGCGGGGCCUGUGGCUGUGCUGGGGCCAUCCCCGUCCUCCGUGGUGAAGAUGGAGGCCAACGAGAAGGCCAAGAAGAAAAAGGAAAGGCAGGGGCUGCUAGGUCCCUGCCGCCUGGGCAGCCCCGAGGGGGAGGUGAAGAUCAAGCGGCGGCCGGUGAAGCCGGGGGGAGCCGGGAAGCUGGAGAAGGUGCCGGGCCGGCGGAAGGCGGGGGGCUGCCCCGAGGGCAGCAAGAAGAAAAUGAAAGCCAAGGCAAAGGAGAGCCUGCGGCCCCCAGCCCCCGGCGGCCCCAGCCCCCCGGGACCCCCCAGCAGCCUCUUUGGGGGCACCGACCCCCGGCUGUUGGGGCCGCGGGAUGAGGGGGCUCGGCUGGGAGAGAGGGGCAAGAAGGGCACCCGCAAGAGCAAAGGGCUGCAGGCGGCCCUCAGGCGCAAGAACGGAGCGCUCUCGCUGGCCCUCUCACCCCGGAGCGCCAAAACCAUCUUGAGCAAGGGCAAGAAACUGGCCAAGGUCAAAAGCAAAGUGGCCACCAAACAGUGCAAGGGCCGGGCCGUCAGCAAACUCCUGGAGAGCUUCACCGUGGAGGACGACUUCGACUUCGACGACAACAGCAGCUUCUCGGAGGAGGAGGAGGAGCUGGGAGGCUGCCUGGCAGGGGGGGCGCGCGGGGGGGUGCCCCACGCCUGCGCCAUCCAGAAGGAGGAUCUGCGGGAUGGGCUGCACAUCCUCAUCCCCAAGGAGGACAGCCUGCUGUACGCCGGCAGCGUGCGCACCAUCCAGCCCCCCGACAUCUACAGCAUCAUCAUCGAGGGUGAGCGGGGGAACCGGCAGCACAUCUACUCGCAGGAGCAGCUGCUGCAGGAGGCGGUCCUCGACAUCCGGCCGCAGUCACGCCGGAGCCUUCCACCCGGCACCCGCGUCUGCGCCUACUGGAGCCAGAAAUCCCGCUGCCUGUAUCCGGGGAACGUGGUGCGAGGAUCCUCCAGCGAUGAGGAGGAGGAGGACGCCGAGGCCGUGCUGGUGGAGUUCGAUGACGGGGACACGGGACACAUCGCUGUGUCCAACAUCCGCCUGCUACCCCCUGACUUCAAGAUCCAAUGCACCGAGCCCUCCCCGGCACUGCUGGUGUCCAGCUCCUGCCGGCGAGCAAAGCGGGCGUGUGGCGACGUGGGCACCCCUGGGGCGCUGCCCCCCACGCUCUGCCCCGACCACGGCCCCCAGCCCCCCCGGAAUUCUGGCAGGAAGGCGGCCAGCAAGGAGAAAAGUGGCAAAGCCGUGGAGGGGCUGUCGGGGGGCCGGGGGCCGGCGCUGGCUGACACCGCGGCCGGGCGGCGCGGAGGGUCCCUGCUCAGCUGGGCCGCCGUGGCACAGACCAAGCGGAAGGCGGCGAACAAGGGCUCGGCCGUGCUCCAGAACCUGUUCCAGGUCAACGGCAGCACCAAGAAGCUGCGGGCCAAGGAGACACUCUUCCCUCUGCACCACCACCACCACCACCUCGCCGCCCCCGUCUUCGGUAACGCCUUCGGCGCCGACUCCUUCGGCCGCAUCGCCAGCUCCUACGGCUCCUUCGGUGCCGGCGCCGGGCUGGUGCUGCCGGCGGCCCAGAAGCUCCUGCGCUCCAAGAAAGCCGAGCGGCUGGAGGCCGAGGUGGGCAGGAGCGGGCGCAGGAAGGCGGCGGGCAGCGAGUUCCUGGUCAAGCUGGACCACGAAGGGGUGACGUCCCCCAAGAACAAGACGUGCAAGGCGCUGCUGUUGGCCGAGAAGGAUUUUGGGGCCAGGCUGGAGCGGCCGCUGGGCAGCCACGGCUACGGACACGCCGGCCUGGGCGGCCGGGAGCGCAGGGGCCGCGCGGCAGCACACCCGCUGCCCGUGGGGCUGGCGCUGCGCAAGUACUCGGGGCACGGGGACUUCGCCCUGAACUGCGACAGCGACUGCCACAGCUCCUACUCGGACAUGGACGAGGACGAGGACGCGGGCGGGCUCAGCGCCGACGUCCCCUCGCGCUUCAUGACGCGCCUUUCCGUGUCCUCCUCUUCCUCGGGCUCCUCCACCUCGUCCAGCUCUGGGUCCAUCUCCACGUCCAGCCUGUGCUCCUCGGACAAUGAGGAUUCCUCCUACAGCUCGGAGGACGAGGACUCGGCGCUGCUGCUGCAGACCUGCCUGUCGCACCCGGUGCCGGCGCUGCUGGCGCAGCCGGACGCGCUGCGGCCCAAGGGCACCGCGCCCCAGCGCUGCUUCCUGUCCAAGGCGGCCGCCGCCGGCCCCAAGGCCAAGCUCAAGCGCAAGGAUCCCCUCAGCUUCGCCAAAGCCAAAGAGUUCUCCCGGCGGCAGCGCCUGCCCUCGGUGGAAAACCGGCCAAAGAUCUCCGCCUUCCUGCCCGCGCGCCAGCUCUGGAGGUGGUCGGGGAACCCCACACAGCGGCGCGGCAUGAAGGGCAAGGCGCGGAAGCUGUUCUACAAGGCCAUCGUGCGGGGCAAGGAGACGCUGCGCGUGGGCGACUGCGCCGUGUUCCUGUCGGCCGGGCGGCCCAACCUGCCCUACAUCGGCCGCAUCGAGAGCAUGUGGGAGUCCUGGGCCAGCAACAUGGUGGUCAAGGUCAAGUGGUUCUACCACCCCGAGGAGACCAAGCUGGGCAAGCGCCAGAGCGACGGCAAGAACGCGCUGUACCAGUCGUGCCACGAGGACGAGAACGACGUGCAGACCAUCUCGCACAAGUGCCAGGUGGUGGGGCGGGAGCACUACGAGCAGCUGACGCGCGGCCGCCGCUGCCAGGACCGCCAGGACCUCUAUUACCUGGCGGGCACCUACGACCCCACCACGGGGCGCCUGGUGACCGCCGACGGGGUGCCCAUCCUGUGCUGACCCCCGGGGUGCCCACCCUGUGCUGACCCCCGGGGUGCCCACCCUGUGCUGACCCCGCCCUGCUCUUAUGCAAAGGGUGACAUUUGGGGACAUUGGGGGCACAUCAGGGGACGUGGUGGGGGAGGGGGGCUCCCCUACAAGCCAUAACUUUCCCUAGUACCUCUGACUGUUUGCCAGCAGGUGAAGCAGAAAUCAGGUGUGUUGUUCUAUUUAUUUUGCCUGUAAAUAUUGUAUUUCUUCCGGGAAGUUUUAUGGAAAAGCGAGAAAGGAAAAAAAAAAAAAAAAAUAACCCCGACAACUACAGCAACAACAACAACAAAAAAAAAAAAGACAAAAAAAUGAUGAAAAAAAAAUCACAAAAAAAAUAAUAAUAAUCCUCGGGGAAGGGGGCGGGGUGG